AUGGCUGAUGUGAAGGACAAUACUCACGAGCUUGCGACAUUUCUGUCACAUCUCACCUACGACCAGCUGCCCCAAGAGGUUGUCGACGUUGCAAAGGCGUCAAUUCUGAAUAUCAUCGGUUGCGCCAUAGGCUCCUCGGACAUCUCGCCACGCCGCAAAGCCAUCGCAGCCUUACUACCCGGCAAACUUCUCGAGGAUCCCUCGGCAGCAGGGGCAGCCACUAUCUGGGGCCGGCCGGAGCGGACUGACGUAGAGACUGCGACCAUCCUCAACGGAAUAGCAGCCACCGCCAGAGACUAUGAUGACACUCUCCUUCGCACUGUCAUUCACCCGUCUUGUACCGCCAUCACGGCUGUGCUCCCGUGGGCCGAGGUCCACCACCUGUCGGGGAAGGAGUUGAUCCUGGGAUUCGUCGCGGCGUUCGAGACACAAGCUGCAGUUGCAAAUGCGAUCUCCCCCUCCCACUACGACAACGGUUGGCACAUUACCGGCUCAACCGGGGCUUUCAGUGCCGCGGGCGGGAUUGCGAAGCUACUAAAACUCAAUCCAGAUCAGUUUGCCGCAGCCCUGGGCCAUGCAUCGAGUAUGGCUUCAGGGACCCGCGCCAUGUUCGGCAGCGAUACCAAAACACUUCACGUGGGCCAUCAUGGGCGCAACGGUAUAGUGGCGGGAAAGCUUGCGCGGCACAACUUCUUUAGCUGCCCUGCACCUAUCGAGGCGUGGGCACGACUCGUGUCCACCACGGUCGACAUGGGCCUGAUCAGUGACCUGGCAUGCGGCGGUCCGUGGCAGAUCUUGAGCAACGCCUUCAAGCCAUACCCGUGCGGCAUUGUCAUUCACCCACUCAUCGACGCCUGCCUCGAGGUUUCCCGCUCGUUCUCCGUUGACGGCGAAGUGAAGCCCACGGGAGGGCCCCGAGACCUGAAUGACCUGGCUGAGAUUCAAGUCACGGCGAAUCCACAGCUGUUGAGGUUGUGUAACGUGCGCCAUCCUCGCACUGGGUUGGAAACCAUCUUCUCCUUGUAUCAUGGUUGCGCCGUCGCUCUGGUUUAUGGACGUGCCACCCCGGCCGAGUUUUCCGACGACGUGGCUGCCAACGAUGCUCUGGUGCACAGCAUCCGAGACCGUGUUUCGGUCCAGACAGAUGCCAAGUUGCGUGACGAUGAAGCUUACGUGACUUUCACGUCGCGCAGCAAGGCACAUGGUGCACAAGCGGCGAGGACCGUCUACAUCGAGCAUGCCACUGGCUCGGUGAGAAAUCCCAUGACUAAGGCUCAGUUGGAGGAGAAAUUUGUUUCGCAGACGGAGCCGCAUCUAGGAAAGGAGAAGACGAGAAGGGUAAUAGAGGCUUGCUGGACGCUGGAGUCGAUAGAGGAUGUCGGGGAGUUGGCCAAGCUACUUGCCACGACGCCGUCACCAUGA